GCGAAUAGGACAUUUCGGCGCGCGAAAUCUACAGCAGGAAGAGAGGAACGGCGAGUUUUUGGUUUUGAAUCAAUCUAACUAAAUUCCAUAAUCUACAAACAUCUACAUUAACAUGGCAGAUCCGAAGGAAACACCAGAAGAGCAGGAGACUUCAACAGACAAUGUAGAAGAAUCAAACCACGAUCCCCAUUAUGAGCCCAUCGUGUCUCUUCCAGAGCAGGAUGUGAAGACGCUAGAGGAGGACGAGGAGGAACUGUUCAAAAUGCGGGCGAAGCUCUACCGCUUUGCCUCUGAGAACGACCCACCAGAGUGGAAGGAGCGAGGCACAGGCGACGUCAAGCUCCUGAAACACAAAGAGAAGGGCACCAUCCGCCUGUUGAUGAGGCGAGACCGGACCUUAAAGAUCUGUGCCAAUCACAACAUUUUCCCUGUGAUGGAGUUGAAGCCCAACGCCGGCAGCGACAGGGCAUGGGUAUGGAACACACUUGCCGACUUCGCUGAUGAGCAUCCCAAACCUGAACUCCUGGCAAUCCGUUUCCUCAAUGCAGAAAAUGCUCAGAAAUUUAAGGUGAAGUUCGAUGAAUGCAAGGAGGAAGUCCAAAAAUCUCAAGACGGAUCAGGAGAAAACACUGACAGUGCAAACAAAGUGGCAGAGAAACUGGAGGAACUAUCUGUAAAAGACGACAAGACCAAGACAGAGGAUAAGAGGGAGGAGAAAAAGGAGAAAGCGGCAGCAGAAGAGAAGAAAUGAAACCAAGAACUUGCUUUACUGAUCUUCAACUUGUCAUUUUCCUCUUUUUCUACAAUAGACUCUAAAGAAACUGAAUUUGGACACUUGCAUAUUGAUUUAUUUAGUUUUUUUAAACGAUUUGUUUACCUCGAGAGAUCACAAGACCUUGGUGCCGCAAAAAUAUUAUCCAUUCAUUAAAAUGUGCCCCUCCCCACCCGCCCUGUCCUUUUUCCAUCAUGGAAAACAAGUUGUCUGUUCUGCUCAUCUGUCACUCAUACUCAUUUCAGACAGAUGUGGUGUAUUACCUGUAAAAAAAAAUAUAUACAUAUAAGGCUCAUGUUUUAUAUGAACCCCUUUCAAACUGCCCCUUUAUUUACCACUUUCAAAUUGAAACGGGUGGUGGGUGUUAAUCCAUGUGGGCUGUUUGCAUUUCAAAUUAGGGAGGUAUUAAACAAUGGAAGUGUUAUUGUAUUUACCUGCAAAAAAGCAGAGCACCACUGGGUGGAUUCGAUUAUGCUUGGCUGGGGGGCACCAGUCUAUGGCCCGUGACGUGAAUGGGCAAAAGCGGUGAGGGAGAAGCGCCCUUCUCAAAUAUAACAGUAAUCUGUGAUGUUGUCAACAAGGAAGCAUGGUGUAUCGUCCAGAAACGUUUAUUUUUCCAUAAAAUGUUAGAAUUUUCUAACUAGAUUUAAUUGGGAAGGCAGGUAACUAAUCACAUUUGCAUGUGAAAACAGAAUCCUACUCAUUACGCCAUGUGCUUAAUUACGUCACUUUUGUUUUGAGCUGGCUUUCACCUGGUGCAAAACACACCUACUCUCAUUCACACAGAUCCGAUACCUGUAUUUUGGUUACAGCAGGGUUUCCCAAAUUCUGUCCUCUGGACCCCAAGGGGUGCACGUUUUUGUCCUAGCACUACAAAGCUGAUUCAACUCAACUAAUCAUCAAGCUUUGAAUCAGCUGUGUAGUGUUAGGGCAAACACCAAAAUGUGUGCCCUUGGGGUCUGGAGGACCGAGUUUGGGAAAUGCUGGGUUAUAGGGACUGUGAAAAUGCAGGAAUCAUGACCAGGUCUUUAGGUGGCUUUUCAUUUGCCAUAUUUUUUACCCCUACCCCUUUCAGAUAUACCAAAAAGCAGGUAAAAAUAAGCAGUUGUGGUACAUUAAUGGGGUCUUUGUAUAUGAAAGGGGUAUCAGUGUCAACUUGGCAUACUGUGAAAUGAGGCUUGUGAUAUUGGUAAUUCCCACAUUGGGUAAGUCUUUUGUUAUUCAGAAGAAAAGUUAGCUUAUAGGGAAGAGGACUGCUUGUUAGCACCACAAGUAUGGAAAACGGGCAGUGAGGAGCGGUCAUGUCUUGGCACGAAUCUCAAUAUGGAGGCAUCCUCUCUUUGUAUCCUCUCCUUCAUCUUUACAGAUCUUAAUACAGGCAAAGGGAAAGCAA